UGUUCACAUGCACGCCCAUUGUGUUGCCUUUAUAAACACAACACUGAGACGGUCAGUGUCAGCGUGACUUAUUGCCAUCAUGACUGGGAAAAUUCUUCUGUUGGGACUUCUGCUCGUCUGUGUGGCUGCAGAUACAAUGAACCCGGGAAACUGGAGAGAGCCAUCCUGUUCUAUUAUAAAAGGACCUGUGAUGUGUGCCAUGGUCUAUAUCCCUCUGUGCGGGAGUGAUGGUGUCACAUACGGCAACGAGUGUAUGCUCUGUGGGAAAAGACAAAGUACAAUGCAGAACAUUUUGAUUGUCAAGGAUGGACCAUGCUGACCUGGGCAUCUUAACAGUGGAAAUCAUCAAAUAAAGCAUUCAGACGUAACGGUGGAUUCUGUUAGUGGAAAUCAUCAAAUAAAGCAUUCAGACAUAACGGUGGAUUCUGUUAUUGAUGUUUUUCCCAAAAAAAGC